UCACGACACAGAAACGCUACAAUGAAACCACGUGUAUUAGUCACUAGUAACGAUGUGCCUUCUGCUGGUAUAGAUCUUUUACGUACAAAAUGCGACGUCACAAUCAUUCAAACUUAUAAGACUAAACGCGAAGAUGUGCUACAAGCUCUACCAGGACACGAUGCGGUAUUUAUUGCAAGUCACAUUAAUGUAAAUAGUGAAUUUCUUAAUAUUGCAGGACCAAACUUGAAAGUAGUUUCAACGAUGUCAGCUGGUUACGAUCAUUUGGACGUUCCCGAAAUUAAAAGAAGAGGUAUUAAAGUCGGUAAUACACCUGUAGUUUUAUCGGCUGCAGUUGCAGAAAUUGCUGUAUUCUUGGCGUUAGGCGCAUCGAGACGAACUCAUGAAGGACGUCUGAAACUUGAACAAGGUCAAGUGGACAGUCAUCUGCAAUGGUUGCUCGGUCACGGUUUACAAGGAUCAACUGUUGGUAUCGUUGGUUUGGGCAAUAUUGGGCAAGCUAUUGUCAAACAAUUAAAAGGAUUUGAUGUGGGUCGUUUUGUUUAUACAGGUCAUUCUCGUAAAAAAGCAGGGGAUGAACUUGGCGCCCAUUUUGUAUCCCUUGAUGAGCUUCUUGAACAAAGUGACUUUGUAAUCGUUGCUAUACCGUUAACUAAUGAAACAAGGGGAUUGUUUAACGACAAUACUUUCGGUCAAAUGAAAAAAAACGCAGUAUUUGUAAACGUUGGUCGUGGAAAGGUUGUAAAUACGGAAGCUCUGGUUAAAGCACUUCGUAAUAAAACUAUUUUUGCGGCCGGACUAGAUGUUACGGACCCUGAACCACUACCUCCUGACCACGAACUUCUGAAACUUCCUAAUGCUGUGAUCAUACCACAUAUGGGCAGUGCUACUGUGAAAACUAGGACUGAUAUGUCAAUUACUGCAGCACAAAACAUUCUCAAUGGGUUAGAGGGUAAGCCAUUAGUGUAUGAAUUAUAAUUAACAAGUUUACAUGUUUGAAACAUAAAGUUUUGUUAUAUAGUUUGAUACCACAUGUUCAUUUGAAAUGAUGUACUUUUAUAUGUUUAAGAAUAUUUACUGAUAUAACCACAUAUAACACAUACUUUAAUAUCACCCUUUUUUUACAUAGAUUUAUACUAUUUACACAUGUAAAAUUUGAAUAACUUUUCUUUAAACAUUUAUACUCUAAGUUUUAAUAUAAAUUACAUAUUGCAAAGUAUUGAAAUGUUUCUUUGAUGAUGUACAAUAGAAACUGUUUUCUAUUUAUUACAAAAAUUUGUAAAGUCUUUAAAAUCUUUCCUCCAUCUCUUACAUUAUUCUGUUAUAAAAUAUUUCAGAUACUUUCUUCUUUUCAAAUAG